GCCGCCUACUGGACUACCUGCUCUAAAAGGCAAGUUGGUCCUCCGGGAAGACAUAGAGAUGGGAAACAGAAAGCUCGAUGGAUUCUCAUGGCAGUGUAGCGGUCCGCCUUCUGGUUUACACGCGGAAGCAAAUAUCGAAGUUAGCGAAGGUUGGCAGAGGCGGUGACAGUUAGUUCCCGAAGGCGGGUGGAUGCUUCCCAGCCCGGCGAGAAUGCUGAAGGUGGCGGCUGGGCUGGUCGCGGCCGCUCUGGUCGCGCUGCUACUGGACUGGUACAGCCCCUCGGCCUCGGGACCCCCGCAAAAGCUUCUCCAAGCCCGCACCUUUGCCCUCGAGCCGGUGCCAGGCGCUGAGGCAAACAAUCUCUUCUGGCUAGUUCAGGUAUCAGAUCUACAUAUCAGUAAGUUUAGGGAUCCCGCUCGAUCUCCUGAUUUUGAAAAAUUCUGUACUGAAACCAUUAAUAUACUUCAACCAGCUCUUGUUUUAGUAACAGGUGACUUGACUGAUGCCAAAACAAAGGAUAACAUUGGGUCUGAUCAGGUAGAAGUGGAGUGGCAAACUUACCAGACAAUCCUGAAGAGGUCUAAGGUCAUGGAAAAAACCAAAUGGAUCGACAUUAAAGGGAAUCAUGAUUCGUUCAACAUUCCAAGUCUGGACAGUGUCAAGAAUUACUAUAGGAAAUACUCUGCAUGGCAUAAGGAUGGCUCCUUCCAUUACAUCCACCACACAUCUUUUGGCAAAUACUUUUUUAUCUGUGCUGAUGCAACCCUUGUUCCAGGUCCCAAAAGACCCUACAAUUUCUUUGGAAUUUUAAAAGCGAAUCAAAUGGAAGAGCUGUCUUUGCUGGCUACAGAAAGUCAUGACAGUAACCACACCAUCUGGUUUGGUCACUAUCCCACUUCAACAAUUAUCUCUCCAUCACCAGGAAUACGGAUGAUUAUGAGAUCCGCUACAGCCUAUUUGUGUGGACACCUCCAUACACUGGGUGGUCUGAUGCCAGUCCUACAUACUCAGCACCAUCAUGGCACUCUAGAACUGGAGCUGGGAGACUGGAAAGAUAAUCGAAAGUUCAGGAUUCUUGCUUUUGAUCAUGAUCUCUUCAGUUUUGCGGACCUGAAUUUUGAGGAAUGGCCUGUAGUUCUUGUCACCAAUCCCAAGCCAUCCCUUUAUAGUAGCUCUGCUCAUGAACCUCUACAGAGAAUCCUUCAUUCUACCCACAUCAGAAUUUUGGCCUUCUCUCCUUCUCCUAUCAAGUUUGUCAAGGUCAGUAUUGACGGCAUCCAUCUUGGUGAGGCUCUUCAGGUGUCUGGACAUCUCUAUGUACUGAGAUGGAACCCCCAAAGCUACAGUCAAGGAUUUCAUCAAAUAAAUGUGACAGUUCAGGAUGGCAGUGGUAAGAGUAUUACUCAGCAUCAUCCAUUUGCUAUGGAAGAAAACCUUUCUCUUAAGUUUGGCCUCUUAUCAUCUUGGAUUCUUCUUGCUGAUCACUAUAUAUGGGUUCGAGUAGUAUUUGCACUAAUGGUUAUAAUCCAGAUUGCCUUUCUGAUUAUUUUCCGGUAUUUAGGAAGGCCAUCACUCAAAGGGCCUCUCACCAGGGCAAGGCAGACCUCUCUUUCACUUCAUAUCCUGAGCAAAACAAACUUCUUCUAUUACUUCUUUUUGCUGCUGAGUUUGUAUACUGUUUUAGGUCCCUGGUUUAUUGGUGAGAUAAUAGAUGGUCACAUGGGUGCCUGCUUUUCUUUUGGGGUAAUAGUGGAUGGCCAUUUCUUUCAAGGCAGUAUAACAUUUCUAGUUGGGAUUUGGCAGGUGAUGUUUUUCAACAUACCUUUGAUGGCAUAUCUAUGUUGGUGCCUGUUUCUGCGUUGCCAGGGAAACUGCUUUGGCUCUCACUUGUAUAAUGUUAAGCGGUGUUAUGCUGUGCCUGUCCACCUAACCAUGGUGCUCCUAUUUUCCUGGCAAGUCUACUCCUGCUUUUUUCUGCUGCAGACCUAUGGAGCUAUGGCUUUCUUCUUGUCUCCACUGAGGACUUGGAUUGUAGGUCUAACUCUAUUUGUGGUCUAUAGAAGCUGGACAAUGAACUCUUCUACUCUGAGAACUUUUAUUGUGCAAAUGAAGAACCAACAAAGUUCUUAAUGGUUCAUUUUCAGGGAGAUUAAGUACAGUUUCACUUAAACUGUUAAAUGAAGAAGCUGUUAAACAAAAAUGUCCAUGCAAUUUGAAUAAAUGAAUGUAAAGGUUUGGAGAUUAUCCCCCUUACAAUGCCUGCCUCAGGAGUUGAUUGUAUUUGUUGAUGGAAUUUUGUUUUGAAUUGCUGUUACAUAAUGCUAAAUGAAGUUCCGGAAUAAAGCUUGAUCCUGGAUUGUGAUGGUUUCUGUUUUUCUGUUUAUAGAGUGCUGCUGUACAUAUAAAUCCAGAAGCACUUGGCAUUUAAUUUUAGACAGUAUGGAGGACAAAGUGGUCAGUAAUAAUAAGCAUGCCUGCAAUCUAACAUUGUAAAUUUGGUAUAUCACCCCCCCCUUCAGAACAGUAGAUACCUCCCACCAGCAAUGGAAAAUUGUUUUGAAAUGCAGUUUCCAGAAUGAUUGCUAUAUAGGAAAACACGAGUCCAGUUCUCACAGGGUAUGCCGUUAUUUGCACAGUUCUCUGUCUUGUGGUCUGUCUUAAAUGUCUUACGCUGUUAAAUUUUUAUUUCUCAAAUGUUUCCAAUCACUGACUGGCAGGGAUGAAAGUAAUUUAAGUUUCCUACUGGAACAGUCUCUGUAUGGGAGGCUUGAAGCAGAUACCAGUACUCUAUAGUGGCCUGUUCCAGUAUACUUUUAUCCCUGGUGACUUCCAAGUUGUGGAGUGUGCCAUAUAUCAAUUCAUUACUAUAAGAAGAUAACAUUACUUUUAUAGAGCCUUGUUUUUGUAGUAUGGUAACAGAACGGGAUGCUGUGUGUGCAUACAAAAAAAGGCACCUAAUAUCACGUUUUCCUGUUCUGUAGCAAGUAUUACACUGUACUUCAUGCCAGUCCACGUUACCUCUAGGGUUCAGUCCAGUGUUAACCCUCAAGCCCAUUUCAGGAAGUACAUGAUAGAAUGAUCUAUUCUGCAACUAAAGUUACACCUAUAAUUCUUUGGAUGAAAUCCCUAGAGCAUGUACUCUGUGUCCAAUAGUUUACAGAAGCAAUCCUUUCCACAUAUAGAAUACUAUGUAUGACUGGCCCUGCGUAUGUUGUAUGUGAGUACACCUCAACCUUUUCCCCUAAAAGUGAGUGUUCUGAGACAUGUUAAUAUAUGUUCCUUUAAUUCACAUCUAUGUACAAGCUCUUGUUGUAUUUGCACAAAUUACUGCUAUUUUUACCAAAAUAUAAUUGCUGGAUGUAAUUUGAAAAAAAAAUAAUAAUAAAGUUUUGUGUGAUUUUUA